AUGUUUGACGUUAUCGCUUACAGAAAGGCGCCAUCCAUUAUCAGAAUGCUGAACUCAAUGGUGGGGGAUGAUGUUUUCUUUCCUGCGAUCAAGAAUUUGGUCCGGAAUCACUGGCUCGGUACAUUUACCCACGAUGAUCUCUUUGAAGAAAUGACCCAGGAGGCAAAGAGACGGGGCCAUGAUCUUGACGUCAAAGGUAUCAUGGAUACAUGGAUACAUCAGACCAACUAUCCUUUGGUGACAGUCAUACGGGACUUCAACGAUCACUCGGUGAUUCAUGUCAGACAGGAGCGCUUCCUAUCAGACCCAUCAGCUAAAGAUCCAGGCACAUAUCCAUCGCAAUAUAACUAUCGCUGGACAAUACCCCUGACUUUCUCUUCGAGCAAAGCACCCGUUUUUGAAAAGAAUGUCAGCCAAAUCCACUAUAUACACAAGGAUCAACACAGUC